GUCGCCCUUCCUUCCUCCCCCGUCCACUAGUUCCUCCACCAAAAACUAGGGUUAGGGUUAGGGCGGCGGCGGCGGCGGCUUUAUUUCCGAUCGCGAUCGCCAUGGCCACCGGAGGCGCCCCAAAGCCGGAGGAGGAGACCGUCGUCUUCCCCGAUUGGGUGAUGCUGGAACGCAUCUUCCGCCAACGGUGCCACGACGACCUAGACGCUGCUGGUGAGGCCAUCAACAAGAACAAGACCGCUGCUCCAGUCAAGAUAGACGGUGGCCACUCCUGCUUCGUCUCCUUCACCCUCGCAGGUCCUCCAGGGUCCUCCUACUUCAACCUCCAUUGGCCGGAGAGACAAGGCUCAGACAGACUCUCUGCCUUCGUCUGGGCAACCGACAAGAACCUCGUCCUCUUCGAUAUCUCGAUCCCCGACCGAAUUCGCUACAUGGACGCUCCGCCAGAUCUGUUCGUCUACACGGCCUCUGCUCCUUCCCCCUCGGUGCAGCAGCUUCCUCGGUGCAGCACAAAGCGGUUCCUGGCUCAUCGGUUCACCACCGGCAUUCUGCAGCUCAAAGCGGAGCACUGCUACAUUGUUGCCGACCUCAAUGUCCACCUCAAGAAAAAGAGCGUUUGGGCUGAACUCUGUGUCUUCAACUCCGGCGCCAACGACUGGAGAAUCAUCACCGAGGUGCUUGCUGGUAAGCUCCCUGACCUCUGGUGGUCCGAUGAUGUGUUUGCUUUCGACGGCCGUUUCCUUUGCAGGGUGGACUACUUCUGCGGCGUCGUGCUAUGCGACUUCUCCAAAAAUGUGGACUCCCAGGUGCUCCACUUCGUGCCUUUUCCUGGAGGAAUCAAAUACCCUGAUGAUGCACGGUUCCCGAGGUACUUCCCAGGGAGGUUCCUAAGUGUGUCCAUCAGCCAAGGCAUGAUCCGCUAUAUCCACAUUGACAAUGACUUUCAUGAGACUAUCCACUCCGACUGGCAAGGGAUUCCUCCUAAGAGAAUCCAACGGCGGCAGCAGCAGCUUCCCCACAAAAUCACCAUUUGGACGUUGAACUCCAAGUUCGAGUGGGAGGUGCAUUGUAAGAUCAACCUGGAUUGUCUCUCGGCACAACCUCUUUACCGAGGUCUACCUCGGCGUCUUCCUGAGUUCCCAGUCAUCAGCAUGGAUGACCCGGGUGUUCUAUGCUGCUUGCUGAGGGCGAAGGAAUUUGGUGGCAAGGAGCGGAUGAUCAUGGUUGACAUGAACCAUGCGGAUCUGCAGUCAUGUACUGAUGUGAAUGUAGAAGACAAGUUCUCUAAUACCACCCAACUUCCAACUGUCUUCUCCAAAUACCUUCAAAAGGCCAACAGGGAUGGCAUGGGACAACAUUGAGCUUACUUCAUUGAAAUGCAAGUCUGCAAUAUGAAGACCUGUAAUCUGGUGACUGAAGGUGAAAACUUUGCGGAUGCUCAAAUCAAAGAUGUUGUUUGUCAAUGACGCGGUGCAGGCAGAACAGUUUGAUGAUGUACUGAUGAAUAUCUAUUGGAGUAACGCUACAUGUUCUGGAUCAUGUAAUCAUAUGUUUAAGCGUUAAAAGUAUGAGAUUGAAUAUCUUUUCUUUCAUGAAAAUUGAAUUGAGGGUAAGCACAAGGAAAAAAACUAGUGCUAGACAUUAUUUUUGUGUUUUCUUAUCGAGGCCAAAA